UAAUUACCAACCCCCAACAGAGCGAGAAAGAGAGCGAAUCCUUCCCUUCUUCUUCUUGUUCUUCUUCUUCGCCCCCUGAUUCUUCUUCUUCUUCUCCUCCUCCUCCCAUGGCUCUCCACCACCCUCGGAUCCUCUACCCGCUGCCCAACGCCACGCUUUGCCUCACCAAUUGCGACGAUGCCUGCCAAUUCUACGGCAUGUGCUCUCCCCCUCCCUCUUACUCUUCCCUCCCCUUGAACUCCACCCCCGACACCACCACCAUCCAAUUCCACCACGGCUCCACCCUCCUCCCCAACCUCCUCAUAGCCGCCGCCUCCGUCGUCGCCGCCGCCUUAAUCCUUCUCGCUGUCUUCUACGCCUUCCUCCGCUUCCGCCGCCGCCGCCGCCACGUCUCCUCGGCAGCCGCCGCCGAGAGCGACGGCGACGACGACCUCUUCGAGAUGGGAGAGGGCGACGUCCACCACGUGUGGUACGUCCGCACCGUCGGCCUCGACGAGCCCACCAUCCGGUCCAUCGCCGCCUGGGCCUACAAGCCCGGCGACGGCCUCCUCGGCGCCGCCGACGACGGCUGCCCCGUCUGCCUCGCCGACUUUCGCGAUGGCGAGCUCCUCCGCCUCCUCCCCAAGUGCGGCCACGCCUUCCACCUCCCCUGCAUCGAUACCUGGCUUCGAUCACACCUCAACUGUCCCAUCUGCCGCGCCCCUAUCGUCGCCCCACCCGCCGCCGCCGCCGCCGCCGCCACCGAUCCGGUGGAACCCAAUACAGCCUCCUCUGCUGAGGGUCCCCAGAUGGCCGUCCGCCCACAGGAGGCUGAUCGUGGGGAACCCGAGGAGGAAACAGAGAGUGGAGUCGCGGAAACUAGAAUUGCAAUCGACCCAAUAGCAGUACCUCAUUCUCCGCCACCAAGUUCUCAGCUUCGGGUGCCGAGUGAUUUGGGGGAAGACAGGUUGCAGCAGCUUUGCCGGUCGGUCUCCAUGGGCUCAUCCUCCCUUGGUGUUCUCCUCUUCAAGAGAGAUCCAGAGGAAGGACCCGGUGAGGAGAGGAAAGAUUCCGACUUGGAAGAAGAACGGAUCACUAAGAACAGGGGAAAGCAGGGGAAUGCUUCAAAGGGAGCUUUUCAGCAGAAGGAUCUUCAGGAAAUGGAAGGGUCUCUAUCUACCAGCAGCGGGAGGUUCUUGCUAUCGAGACAUGCUCGAGGCCAGAGUGCAGUUCUUCCAUUGUGACAAGGAACACAGUUUUCUCUUCUGCUAGAUUAUGCUACAACGGUAUCCUCUCAGGUUCCUGUGAUAUAGAAUUUUGAUAAUAUGGUGUGUUCUCGGCAAGUUGGGAGCUGCCUGUCUCUGGUGAUACAAUUAUGUACAGACUGGAUGGUAAAAGAGCAAUAUUUCCUGUUUCGGAUGCUGGAUAAAGUAUUCUCUUUGUUGAAACCGGAACUUUUGAAUUUCUUAUAUCAGUUUGAUGAAUGAUUGAGUGGUGUUUUCAGAUGAACCAGCUAAUAGACAUACUUUUUGUGCUUA